UGAUGAUGACAACCCUUUCAGCUUCAGCGGUCAGCGGUUACGGUUUUGUGAUUGACAUUUGUUGUGUAAAAUAAAUGUGAAUUGGAAAAUUGAAAAUGUCGCUUCGAAAAGUACUUUUCUUAACAAAAGCGGUGUGCUGUAAUACAGUGAAGCUACAAAAGACUAGUUUCCCUCGACAUAAUUUGUGUUUCGUUAGCGCUAACUCCCUCAGAUUCUACGGCACCGAAAAUAUAGGUGACAAAACCAAACAAUCAACACCUGAGAAGGUAGAUAUUCUGGGACGGUUCUUCCCACAGACCCCAAUAGAUGAGGCAGAAAAAAUUAAAAGUGAACAAGAAAAAUUUGAGAAGGAAAACAAGGAGAAAACAGAAGAGAAUGAGAAGAGCUGGCGCAGGAUGAAAAUUGGAUUUGCAGUAUUCGGUGGCGCCCUAACAGUGAUGGGCGGCUGCUUGGUGGUGGAGAUGGGGGCGCCGCGGCGCGCUGAAGACGGCACGCUGCUCGAGGACGAGUUCUCGCACCUGCCGGUGCCGCUGCAGUACAUGAAGAGGACGUGGAAGGAGCUCACGUUCUAUGAGAAGAUGAUCAAAGAGCCGUCCCGAGAGAAACUGCUUCCGGAUCCGUUGCCACCGCAGUACCAGCCCACAUACACCCUCGUGCUGGAGUUCACAGACGUGCUGGUCCAUCCUGAUUGGUCCUACCAGACGGGCUGGAGGUUUAAAAAGCGACCAGGCGUAGACCAGUUUCUUCAAACCGUGGCAUCAUCUGACUUCGAAGUGAUCAUUUUCACAUCGGAAAACGCGUUCAUGAUCUGGCCAGUGAUCGAUAAGCUAGACCCUGAGAAUAAGAUGAUCGCGUAUAGGUUGUUCAGAGAUUCCACACACUUCAUAGAUGGCGUUCAUGUUAAGAACCUGGAUGGACUCAACCGGGAUUUGUCAAAGGUGAUCGUAAUAGACUGGAACAAACAAGCGACCAAGUUCCACCCGGAGAACGCGCUCAUCUUGCAAAAGUGGAAGGGCGCGGAUGACGACACUGCCUUACUCGACCUGGCCAACCUGCUGCAGACCAUAGCGAUGUCAUCAAUAUCGGACGUGCGCGACGUGCUCCGCUACUACAGCCAGUUCGACGACCCCAUCGCCGCCUUCCGCGACAACCAGCGCAAGCUCAUGGAGCAGAUGGAGGAGCGGGACAAACAACCGCCAGAGCCCACGCUCACCAAGAACUGGCUGCGGUCGUUCACGCGCCGCUAACUACUAAGGUCAUACCUUUUCUAUACCACUACUCUGGACACGGUUCACUGAUCUAAAGUGGACUUUAUUGCAACGAGAUAAGGUCUAACAACGGUCAGAAGCGUGUUCCACAAACAAGCCAUUGGUUUAAUUAAAAAACAUUGUAAACAAGUAAGGUUCCGCUACGACCAGAGCAAGCUCAGGGAGCAGAUGGAAGAGAGAAGAGAUAACCCUUAUACAGGCCGCACCAAUCUUCAAGGUUUUCCCAAAAAACCCAAAUAUAUCUCAAUUAACCCGUCGACUGCCUUGUCCCGUAUACGUCACAGACAAUUUGAACUUUAAUUUACAAUUCCAAGGUUAUUAAUUCAAUACCAAAUUUUUGACACGGGCGUUCGAGGGGUUAAUCCAGCUUUGAUGAUUCAUUUGAAGUAAGAUCACAUUUCCCGAAAAUGUAAUCUAAUUUGAACCUUAAGUCGGAAUGCUAAAGUUGAAAUUCCAUUGGCGCAUAUUUGGUCGAUAAAUCGUACUAUGCCUAGAAAAUGGUUAAACAACCCAAAAACCAAAUACUGGCUGCGAUCGUUCGUCGUCGCUAAUGUAAGGUAAUGCAUCCCUUAUACUACAGUGUCGACAUUGUUUACUGUAGGCCUUAUUGCAACGCGAUAGGGUCUACCAAUGGUCAGAAGUCUAUUCCACAAACAAGCCAAUGGUUUUUUAGAAACACAAUUAUUGUCAACGAGUGAAUAAGCGCUCCCUUGCUCAAAUGUUUUUUUUAACACAUUCAUUAAUCAAAUUGACACGAUAGUAGACCUCGUAAGUCGUAAGUUAUAGAGUUGGAGAAACGGCCAACGGAACAGAGUUGAUAUUGAUAUUUAUUGCAAUCAAAUUUUACAGCAUUACAGCUAACACCAAUGCAUUGUAAAAUUAAGUACCUAAAUAAAGCGAUUAAUAAAUAAGCUACCUAUUACAUGUUUGAUUCGCAAAAACGUAAAAAAUCUUUAAAAAGUUUAUGAUUCGUCGGCAAACAAGUCGGAGUUGAACGUUAGGCAGUUGUAGGGUUGGUAAAACGAUACUAUUUCAUUUCAUAACACGCUAUUUCAUUUCUUCGUUCAAUUCUUGAGGGUUAAGCUAUGAAUGACUCAAACGGGAUACGCGAGUGCGUGAGUGCGAAAUCGGCUUGUCAUGAAGUCUGUUUUACCCUUGUUUUACCGUAGCAAAGGAAACUCUGUCCAUUUAUUAACUCUGUGCCAUGAACAUUGUAUUAUAGCAUUUAUAAUUCGCAUUUUAGAUUUUUCUUAAAACUUUUUUUAACUAAAACUGCUCGUUUUUGUGAUUGUAGACCUGUAAAAAGCAAUUUUUGUGAUUGAAAAUGUAUUUUCAUGAAGUAAAUUACACAAGGACCUGACUGGAACCAAGUUAAAAGCUAUAUAAUAUACCUAUUUCUUUGUUUUUUUUUUUGCUUAACUUAAUUAUAUUUAACCCCUUAUUUAAUACAUAAAAAAUAUUAAAAUGUAAAUUUUACGGAGUUUCAAAAUCAAGAAAAAAAUCUUAACUCGAGAUGUUCUUUCGCUACUGAAGUAUUUACAAUGAUGAUGAAAUAUUCUAUUUAUUAUUAUUGUCCCUGUUGUAUCUAAUAAAAAAAAAGUAUAUUUGCUGCUUCUGAACUUACAAUGGGACAUGUUAUAUUAUAUGUAAAUCCCCCAUAAUUAUUAGCAGUUACUAUUAGGCAUUGUUGACUUGAAUGUAAAUUAUACAGAGUGGCCCAAAAGACGGAUUUAGCCUUUUUGGUUUUACUGCAUCCUUUAAAAAUACUGUGUUUUUUUUUAUUAAGAUUAUGUUAUUUUCAUCAGCAAUAUCAGGAACCCUAAUUGUUUGUCAUCUUUUGUGCUAAUCUGUAUAAUUACCUAAAUUUAUUUUAGUUUGCAUAUCGGGCGCCAUUGUAAACUUUACUUCUUUGGCUACAAAUUAAACUUAACUACUAAAUAAGAAUAAAGUUUACAAUGACGUCUUAUGAGCAUUUGUUGUGUUAAUUGUUAUUUGUAUGUAUGUUUGUAUGGGAACUGAAAUGGAUGAGCGCGUGUAUGUAAUACAAGUCAUUUAUUUAGAUAGGAAAUAUAGUUGUUUAUUAAUAAA